UAUAAUUCAACUUUGCUCUCUUCACCUCCUUUUCCAUUUCUCUAAAGUUUAAACAUUUUUAGAAGAUCGGGCAAAGGUUGGAGAUUCAAAAUUCAUUAGAUUCGAGUCACGAGUUUCGAGAGCGAUCGUGUGAGGAGAAAUAUCGGUUACUUUAUCGGAAUUCAAAUUCGAGGCUAAAAUCCACAUCAAAUGGCACAAAAAGUGGUGGUAAAGGUGCUAACCAUGACUGAUGAGAAAACAAAGAAGAAAGCUAUUGAAGCUGCUGCUGAUAUCUUUGGGGUGGAUUCGAUAGCAGCUGAUAUAAAAGAGCAGAAGUUGACAGUAAUUGGGCUAAUGGAUGCAGUAGCAGUAGUGAAGAAGUUGAAGAAAGUUGGGAAAACUGAUAUAAUCUCAGUUGGUCCAGCCAAAGAAGAGAAAAAGGAAGAAAAGAAAGAAGAGAAAAAAGAAGAGAAGAAAGAGGAGAAAAAGGAAGAAAAGAAAGAGGAGAAAAAGUAGUUAUUUUAUUUUAUUUUAUUUUGUUUUCUCAAUUAUUAUUAGACACUCCAAAUUUAAAAAAAUUACAUAUAUUUUAGUUAAUCCACAACCUAAUUUUUGCAUAAAUUGGCAUAUGCAUUUGUAUUUUCUUAUUCUUAUGAUGCAAUGAUUCCACUACAAAAUCAUUCCACUACAAAAUUGGAAGUUGGUUAA